GUCACUUCAGAAUUGUUACAUAAUCUUAAAUACAAUUAACAACACAGAGUAAUAUACUGGGAAGAAUAGACAUAAAGCAAAAGGAAAAUGAAGGACACUGAAGAGGUAUUCAGUCCUUCAAGGAUGGACCAGAUGAAUGCCAUCCAUUGUAAGGGCUGCGUGUGCUGGAGCCUGAUGGAAAGCGGGGAAACGACAAAUCAAAACUGCUCUCCAAUAACGCGUCAUGAACUCGGGCAGCAGUCCUCCGGAGGAAGGGAGACGUAUGCACCAGACCUCUUUGGCCCAAGGAGGCAGGGGAAGAUCUCGACUCCCUGGACGAAGGGGCGGAGUUCCGAGUGGGCCGGGACAGUCCAUUUGACGCCUUCCAAAUUGAUGGCCGGAGCCAUGGAGCUUUUGGAUUGCGGGGAUGGUUUAGCAAGGAGGCGGGGGAGUCGCGUAGUCAAGGAGGGUUUAUGUGAGAGUGGCUCUAGUUCUGAGGAUGACAUCAGUGUGCAGGUUUAUUCACAAGAUGAAGAUGAAGACAAAGAUGAAGAGUCAGCAACAGUAAAGGAGAAGAUGGAGGAUCCCUUCCUCAAGUCUAGCUGUGGGAAACUCGAAUUGAAGGAAACAAAGGCUGACCAUUCUCCAACACAAAAGGGGAUCAAUCCACUGAAUGAUGUUGGCUUGUUAUUACCACUGGGAACAUUACCAGCUAGAAAAUCUUUCCCUGACUGUGACUUAGUUAGCAGAAUUUGCCAAGACGACCUAAUUUAUAAUCAUGACCAGUUGGUGGAACAAAAUGCAAAUUCGGGUCCAAGCCAAGGUGUAGGUAAAAUCAAUGAGGAUAUAUCACAAAGCAAGCUUAUCAAAGAUACAUGUCAGAAGACAUUUUGUGCAAGCGAAAUGUCAGUACAUUUGACAUUUCCAGAAGACAACACAGCACAGAAUAAUAACCAGCGCAAAGGCCUGGAAAAGAUACAGAAACCAGUCAGUGAUCACAAUGAACAAAUUAUUAAGCAUCAGUGUAAAGAAAGUUCAUUUGUGUGUAGCUUUAAGACCAUGAAUAAAAAUAAGUUAGACCCCAAAAAAGCCUAUGAGGUAAGGAAGACGCCAGCUCAGAUUUGGGAAGAAAGUAAAGUCCACUUUGUAAAUUUUUCCUCAAAGGUCGGGUACCCUUCCCUCGUCGAUGAUCCGUUCAAUGUGAAAUUAAACAUUCAGGCUACAGUAGAGGCUUCAUGUGAGCAACAAUCUUCAGCAAGUUGUAAAAGCUCAACAAUUGACAGUGCUAAAUCCCUAAGCAGAGAAAGUAUGUCAAGUAGUAAAGACAGAGACAAAUACAACAUAUUUGCAAAGCUUUGUACAAAUGAACCAUGCCACAAACAUAGACGGUUGAGUAUUGACAGUGCUCUGUCAGGAAACUCGGUGAACUUCAGUUGCAACUCCUUUGAUAAAUUCAAAAUUUUUGCCCGACAUAACAGUGGGCAAGGAGGAGGUUCAUGUUAUCCCCAGUUUGAGCAGAAUGGCAGGAGUGGCUUUGUGGAAAGCACAGAUACUUUAAAUCAGAAUGCCCUGAUUACAUCACCACGCUACAGGUGCCAGAAACUCGGGUAUGACCCCCUCUUGCUGCAAAGUGAGCCCUUCCUGCCAGGUUUCGUGGACACGCACUGCCACCUGGACUUCCUGUUCCGGCGCAGCAACCACGACUCCAGCAGCCACGCUCAUUUCCAGGCCCUGUGUCAAGGCCAUGAUGCUUACCCAGUAAAUUAUGAGGGCUGCGUUGCCGUCUUCUGCCAGCCCUGGACUUUUGGGAAGACCUCAUGGUGGGAGAGCUUCCUUAGGGAGGCAAAUGUUUGGGCGGCAUUUGGCUGCCAUCCACACUAUGCCAAUUUCUUUGGCGAGGAGGAGGAAGAGCAGCUGAGGCUUACCUUGUUCAACCCAAAGGUGGUGGCCGUCGGGGAAAUUGGACUGGAUUACUCGGGCAGGAAUAAUCAGCAACCAGAGCAACAGAAGUUAGUGUUUAGACGGCAGCUGAAAAUUGCCCUGGAGUUCAACAAGCCACUUGUGAUUCACUGCCGAGAUGCAGAGAGGGACUGCCUGGCUAUUUUGAAGGAGCUUGUCCCACGUAACUAUUUAAUCCACCGCCACUGUUUCACGGAGGGCUGGGAGGAGGCUCAAGAGUGGCUACAUGCCUUCAGUAACCUGUACUUGGGCGUAACAGGGCUGGUGACUUUUCCGAACUCAGAGAGAGCUUGGAGAAUUCAGGACGUUCUUCGUCAGAUUCCUCUGAGUAGGCUCUUGCUGGAGACGGAUGCCCCUUACUUCAGACCUUAUUGUUACCAAGGGAGUGGACGCUGGUCUCACCCCGGCAUGGCCAUCCACGUGGCAGCCCAGGUGGCAUCUGUCCGCGGGGAAAGCAUCCAGAAGGUCCUAGCGCAUGCCAGAAGCAACACCAAGAUGGUCUAUGGCAUUUAAAGAUGGCUUGUGUUAGCUGGGCGUGGUUUAGGAUUAGCCGGGGGUAACUAGGAUUGUUGUGGGAGAGUGAGAGUGAGUGGGGUUGUGUCAUAUUGAGAGUGAAUAUAUGUGUGAGAUUAAGAGUGAGUGUAUGUGAAACAGAGAGUGAAUAUGAAUGUGUAUGACUGUGGGUGAGUGUGAGUCUGUGAGACUGAGUGCGAGUGAGUAUGUGACAUUGAUAAUUAGUGUGAGUGUGUGACUGAGAGGGAAUAUGAGUUUGUGAAUGUGAGUGUGUGUAUAUGAGAUUAAGUGUGAGUGAAAUUUAGAGUGAGAUUGGGAGUGAGUGUGAAUAUGUAAAAUUUCGAAGGGUUUGAGAGUGAGUGGGUGUUUGAUUUUGAGCGAGUGAGAGUGUGAUUUUAAGUGUGAGUGAGACUAAAGGUGAGUCUGUGAGACAGAGUAUGAAUGAGAUGUAAGAGAUUGAGAUUGAGUGAAUGAAAGAGAGUGAAUGUGAAUGUGAAUGUGUAAGAUGAGUGAAAAUGAGCGUGAGUAUGAGUGUGUGAAAUUGAGGAGGACCAGGAGUAUGUGAGAUUGAGAGUGAGGGUGAGAUUAAGAGUGAGUGUGAAUGUACUGAGAGUGCAGAUGUGUAAGACUGAGUGUGAAUGUGAUUGCAUGUGUGAGCUUAAGAGGAUGAGUGAGAGAGAGUGAGUGAGUGAGUGAGUGAGUGAGUGACUGAGUGACUGAGUGACUGAGUUAGUGAGUGAGUGAGUAAGUGAGUGGGUGAGCAAGUGAAUGAAUGAAUGAGUGAAUGAAU